AUGUUGCCGCGUCGACUGAUUUUCACUGCUAUCUUUCUUGGACUUGCCUACGCCGAGGGGCAAUUAUGUACGGAGAAGCCUGAGGAAGAUGACUGCGCGCUGGCAGGAAACACCGACUACUAUGGCCUGGGUGUGCGCAUGGGUAUCUAUGCAUCCUGGCUCAGUUCGUGGUUUGCGAACAAUUUCCUCGGCAGCGAAAUCGUCGGCACGUUGGAGACCAACUCUAUUUUCCUAUCGGCUCUCUUCGCCACUGUCUUCGGCUACUCGCUGAAGAAAGAGGGCAUCCGCACGGUGGACGUCCUUGUGAUCAAUCAGCUGUGCAUGGGCUUCGUCUUCAGUGUCAUGUCACUCUGGGGCUAUCGGACUAUGUACUACCGUACCGAAGGCCUCGGAGGUCGCAAACACUUUGGCGGCAUUGGUACACACUACCGACUUGUGCUUUUAGGCAUGAUCAGUAGCUACGCUGUCUGGUUCUGGGUCGAAGGGGUUCAAGACGGACUACCCGAAUGCGAUCGUCGCAAGGAUUGCGGUGGCUUGCAGACGUUCUUCAUUACGCCCAUGAACGCCGAAGAAUGGGGAGCAAGAGGCAUCAAUUUGGGAUUGAGUAUUGGUUUGGUGGUUUAUUACGGCAUCAUGGCGCUGGCUGCCCUUGCAGGCGGUGUGGCAUACAUUUCGCGUCGACUCCGAAGGAUCCCUGUAAGCUGGGACUUGAUUCCUGAGGCAGACCUCGACCUGACGAAGCGAGAGCUUUCUCACUGGUAUAUCAUACUGUCCUGCUUCAAUCUCUUCUGGAUUGUAUUCUCCAUGGUACAAAUCGAGUUCACCCUCAACUUAAACCACAUCGACGAUGUCGUGGGAAUAAAGGGUCUGACCGGGCCCGGUCAACUAAUUCCUAUGGGCAUUGGACUCAUCAGCCUGGCACGAGUUGUUUAUGUCAUUAUCACCGAGGAAAAGCCCUGGCGUAAGCAGGACAAGGAUGAAUGCCGCACUCCUAUUGUUGCACCAGGAACAACAGGCCGUCCACGCAGGUCCUUUCUCCACCGCUUUCUUUUGGCCUGGCUUCCAUGGCUGGCGCUCUUUGACUUUUGGAAGCAACCCAUCACGCCAUCACUUCACCGUUUGUCAUACCCCAUGUUUGGUAUGGAGGACGUCGACGUUGAUGCUGAGCCAGGAAUGCAGACCCCUACGCCAGGACGAUCCAAGGCAGCUGCGGAGAAGAAGAGCAUGAUGCAGAGUUCAGAAAUGGCCCUUUUGACUCCGCCACCGAACUACACAUUGGUGCAAGAUAUGGGUAUGGCAACAACCAAUGGAAGUGGGAUACCUCUAACGCGUCGGUCGACUGAUCUGGACACGAGCAUCUAUGCUGGGAAUGAGUAUGGUGAUGAUUGA